AUUCCGGAAGGCAACAAAGAUGAAUCCAGAUUAAAUCCAAAAUCAUCAUAUGUGGCUAAAAAGUUAGACUGCAGAUUAGAUUGUGAAGCCUGGAAACCAGGAAAUUGGAUUUCAUUUAUCCUUGAACUAGUUACACCAUUAUCACGAGACAAUAAUGAGCUUGAUAAUCCACCAUCAUCGGUUUGGAACCCUACAAAUGGAAGGAUCCUUCAAUUGACUAGCAAUUUCUCGAGUACUGAACUUACUAUUGGAUUUGAUUUCCAUACCACCUCCUAUUCCAAGACUAAGAAAAUCAUCAUCGACAAUUUGCUGAGAGCUAUU